UAUAUAUAAAUACAUAAGAAAGAAAUAAGUUCAAAAUCAUUAGCUUGUGAGCAUUCAAGAAGAAAAAAAGAAAAGAAAUGCCAAUAUUGAUAGUAACCACAAACCACAAUGCCGACGAGGCCACCGUCGACAAGUUCACUAAACAAGCCGUGACAACGAUGUCAGCCAUCCUCAAAAAGCCAGAACGGAUUUUCAUGGUCGGUGUCAACAAAGGUGUCAGGAUGGUGUUCGAGUGCAACGGGGACCCCACCUUGUACGCCGAGUUCGUGGGCCAGGGCGACGUCAUGGACGGCGACGUGAAGAAGCGGCUCAUCACGUCUCUGAGCGCCGCCGUCGAGGGCAAUUUCGGAAUUCCGAACACUAGGACUUUCAUUAAGGUUUAUGACACUGUUUGGGGUAAGAAGAUUAUGAACUCUAAAUUGUAGUGGACACAAGUUAUAAAAUAUAUAUGUUGUACGGCCUCUUUAAAUAAGUGUUGUUGUUUUUCCUCCUUGAAAUGUUCUUGUUUUGUUACUUGGGGAUGUUUUGACAUUCAAAGCCUUUGUAAACUUUGGAAAAAUGAGUGUUUUGUUGUUCUUAUCAUAUCAUAUUUGUCUCAAUAUGAGUUCAAGUCUGUCUCUGCUUGGGUAAUGGGU